AAGUGUCAAAUUUAUUAUUCCAAGCAAUGUAAUCAGCCAAAAAGGGCUAAUGGAAUGUUUUCAAAGACACUUGAAUAAUCAGUCAAACAGAUUCAAAUUGAAUUUAAUUAUAACUGACUCAUUUAGUAAAUAUCUUUUUGCGAUGUUCCCUCCAUGUGAUUAUAUUGUGUAUAGACUGGUAGAAAGAGAGCUUGUGCUAACAGUGAGGCUGAGGCAAAGGAACAGGACAAGGGCUGAGCAGAGUAAGGAGGACAGACGCCCCCGGAGAUGGGACUGCGAAGGCAGGGUCAAGGCAGGACACCUCCUGCGUUAUCAUGUGCAGAAAUGUGCUGGCAUAUGCGUGGCAUGCCCAAGCACUCGCUGCUUGGCAUUAUGUCCUCCAGUCAGGCAGCCGGCUCUGAACUGCACUAUGUGGAUGUCAAAGAGCGGCCCGCGAGCAGGGAGGGGAGGGGAGAGGAGAGGCUGCCGGUUCAGAGCUCUGAUUCAACAGCACCUGCUCCGCCGUGUACUGAGUCACAUUUAGCUGAACAAUGACGCAUCGUCUGCUGCAUGCUCCAACACGAAUAGCUCCGCUUUCUGUCACACUUGUUCUGUUAUGGUCCGCUUCCUAAUCUAAUCCCUGUCAUGGAGUAUUAUGGAUGUGAUGACAAACACCCCCCGCUUUCUUAAAGACACACUUGAACCUCAUCACUUCUUUUCUAUUCCUUCAGUUAAACAUGACAUAAUAAGCAUAAGGACAGUCGUUUUUUAAGUAGCAUUGCUGUAGUUGCUGAUGUCAGAACGGUCUGUGUGUUGAAUCUGGUCCAGUAGUUGUGAAAAGAAAUUCAGCCAAAGAGGAGAGGGACGAGCAGAAACAGGAUGUUGCCAUGAGGGGUAAAAAAAUGGAGAGCGCUAUUGUGUGACACAUGCUGUAGUGUGACACAAGUUUGUUUUUUCACGCCAACAAAUGGGUUUUCUUGCCAAGGCAGUAAGAAACUGAUGUUAACUUUAAGGAAUGCCUAAGGUUUACUUUGGGUUCUGGAAACCUUACCCCACUGAUUGUGAGCUUUGUACGGUUAUCCACGGUGAUAACAGCUUGGACACUAGUUCUUGGCCCAGUUUAGUAGCAGUCCAGCACCAGCAUUUGUUUACAGUCCAUCUGAGUCCCACACAGGCUUUAAUCCUUAGCGUAGUGAGACACCUAGUGGUAGAGAGCAGGACAGCAUUUACUCCUGACGCAUCAAGGUGCCUGAAAAUUUCUUGACACGUCAUGUAUUGACAGCAGGAGACAGCCUCGGUGGAAGACAGCAUUCGAUAGACAAAGACAGCAAUAGAGAGCAACGGGCCAGCCUCACUUCCAGCAGUAUGCUCAUCUGACAACAAACUGAGGGCCGGGCGGGCAUGCUGCAGCUGAGGAUGAUGAGUAAUCUCCUUCGCUAGAGCUCGAUGGUGUGGGAAUGAUGGACCUCCUUAAUGGCCUAUCAAACGUCACCACCGCAGCAGCAGUCUCUGAGAAGAGCAGCAGCUCCGAAUCCCUUAGUGAUAAAGGGUCGUCUGAGCUGAAGAAGAGUUUCGAUGCUGUUGUGUUUGAUGUGCUGAAGGUCACUCCUGAAGAAUAUGCGGGCCAGAUAACGCUCAUGGAUACUCCAGUAUUCAAAGCCAUCCAGCCAGAGGAGCUGUCCAGCUGCGGCUGGAACAAGAAGGAGAAGCACAGCUCAGCUCCCAACGUGGUGGCCUUCACACGCAGGUUCAACCAGACAAGUUUCUGGGUGGUAAGAGAGAUCCUCCAUGCGCAGACGCUGAAGAUCAGAGCAGAGGUGCUGAGUCUUUACAUUCGCACUGCCAAGAAACUGUGUGACAUGAACAACCUCCACGCAGUCAUGGCCGUGGUGUCCGGGCUGCAAAGUGCUCCCAUCUUCAGGCUGACCAAAACAUGGGCGCUGCUGAGUCGGAAGGACAAGGCGACGUUUGAUCGACUUGAUUACCUGAUGUCCAAAGAAGACAACUACAAGCGCCUGAGAGACUAUAUAAGCAGCCAGAGCAUGGUCUCCUGUAUACCAUAUUUAGGGAUGUACCUGUCUGACCUGACGUAUAUCGACUCGGCCUACCCCUCCACGGGCAGCAUCCUGGAGAACGAACAGAGAUCAAACCUGAUGAACAACCUUCUCAGAAUCAUAUCCGACCUGCAGAGAUCCUGUACCUACGAUGUAGCAGUGUUGCCUCAUGUGCAGAAGUAUCUCAACUCGGUCAGAUAUAUUGAGGAGCUGCAGAAGUUUGUGGAGGAUGAGAAUUACAAGUUGUCACAGAAGAUUGAACCUGGCACCAGCACUCCACGAACCAAUGCUUCUAAAGAGGAUCUUGUUGGCCAGGAAGCCUCAGCGUCUCCUCUCUGCAGCCGUAAGUGUACGGUUAGCGGCGAGGCGCCCAAAGUCCCGCCCACACCUCCCUCCCCAAGGAACCUGCUGCCCUACGGACACAGGAAGUGCCAUAGCCUGGGCUACAAUUUUAUCCACAAGAUGAAUACGGUAGAGUUUAAAAGUGCUACAUUCCCCAAUGCUGGCUCCCGCCACCUGUUGGACGACAGUGUUUUGGAGAGCCACAGUCCCACCAGGGGACAGGCAGAGAGCUCCACUCUGUCCAGUGGUAUUUCACUAGGGAGCAGUGAGGGCUCUGAGCUCAGUGAAGAGAUGUCCUGGCCUGCUUUUGAGAGGACUCGAUUCUAUCACUCUCUGGGCCCAGUGACCCGAGUGGCCCGCAUCCCCUACAGAGGAGUCCUAAGGCCCAGCAGCUCAGCAGAGUCAGAAGAGCUCGCAGUUCACUUGUAUCCCGGAGCAGUCACAGUGCAGGGGGUGCUGAGGCGGAAGACCGUGCUCAAGGAGGGCAAGAAACCAACAGUGGCAUCUUGGACCAAAUACUGGGUGGCUCUAUGUGGAACCCAGCUGUACUACUACCCUGCCAAGUCCCUAAAGGCCACUGAGAGAAAACACUUCAAGUCGACGUCCAGUAAGAGCGUGUGUGUGGUGGGGCUGAUGGCCAUGAUGGCGGAUGAUCCUGAGCACCCUGAUGUCUUCUUGCUGACGGAUACGGAACAUGGUAACACCUACAAGUACCAAGCAGGGAACAGAAUGAACGCUCUGCUGUGGUUCAAACAUCUGAGUGCUGCCUGUCAGAGCAAUAGGCAACAGGUUCCGGCCAACCUGAUGUCGUUCGAGUGACCGACGGAGAGGAGCGCGACUGAGCAAAGGAGAGAGAGGAGAUGAGGAGACGGGGAGGAGGAUGAGGAGAGUUGAUUAAAGUGGGAGCUUUCACUGCCAUGAGCCCCAACAGCCAGUUCUCCGCUUCCAGCUGACCUCACUGCAGCCUCAUCUGCCACCACUGCCUUAACCAGAGUACCUGUGUGUGUGUGUGUGUGUGUGUGUGUGUGUGUGUGUGUGUGUGUGUGUGUGUGUGUGUGUGUGUGUGUGUGUGUGUGUGUGUGUGUGUGUGUGUGUGUGUGUGUGUGUGUGUGUGUGUGUGUGUGUGUGUGUGUGUGUGUGUGUGUGUGUUUUGAAUGUACAGACUACUGAACAAGGACCUGCACGCUGCUCUGGUCUCCCCCUCUGCUCCGUCUCUUGUUUUUACUGGGAGGGUUCAGCACUUGUGCCGAGCCUUUCGACUUCUCUGCUUUUCUCUCUCUGAAUGAUGAACUUUCCUCUGAGACCUGUCCUUGGGAUUUUUAAGGGGUUUAUUUUAUUUGGGUCCACGUUUAUGCUCAAAUGCACCAUUUCCACAUGCAAUCACAACGCAUACUCAAAUCCAACGUAUUGGACAUUAGAGGGGUUUGAAAACCCUCUUGUUUCUUUUUUUAUUUUAUUUACACUCAGUUGUUCUCUUUAUUCACUUGAGUUGGCUUGGAGUCACAGGAUUGCACUUGAGACACACACACACACACACACACACACACACUUUUGAUUGCAUCGACAUAAAUAUAAGGGCUCUAGUUCAAAAUCGAUUCCAGCAAAAACGAUACCCACACUUCCUGAAUGUGUCUAGUUUUUAUUCACUCGCCCCCUCACAGACCCUUUUGUGUCGUACUCGCAAAGUGUAAGUGUUCUCUGUAUACAUGUGUGUUUUUACAACUGCACUGGGCAAUGACGUGGAGGGAGGAUGCUGGCUGAGCUCCACACACUGUAGGUACGAUGAUCCCAGAGUCUAAGCUACGACGCCUUCUCUUCCUCUAGAAGGGGGCGAUUCCUACUUUUACAAACAUGCAUUUUUGGCUUUUCCAGCGAUGUCUUGACUCCGUCGGCUGCCAACGGGCAACACUUGGUUCAAGUUCCUCACAAACAUGCGAAACACUAAAGACUUGAAACUGUGAAAAAAAGUCCCACAACGGAGCAACAACAGCUCAUGAUACAGUACAGUUGAAUGCCCCUCGUCUUUCUCUUCUCCUAAUGUGGUUGGAGCCUCUGGUCUGGAGCAGGCCCUCAAAGCUACCUGCAGCCACAUGGAGUCUCUUUUAAAUCUUGUUUAUAUGGUUUUGUGUUAGGUUGUUUCGUUUUUUGGGAGGGAUGGUGCAGUUCACAGUAUUACCAUUGCAUAGUUACAUUUGAAUGUUGCGUUUCUUUGUUUCUUUUGUUUUUUGUGUGUGUGUUUUUUCCUUCUUUGGAGCAGUUAUUUUAAAUAUUUUAUGUACCGGUACAGGGUUUUUUUUCUAUCCUUGACUCCUGUUCUGUCAACCAGGUCCCGUGUUUAUGUUUAGGCCCUUGCUGUGAUGCAUCUUGUUGGGGAAAUAGCUAAAGCACCUUGGUUGUAAUUAGUGCCAAGCGAAGUUACUGUCACUGUUUGUCUUUAGGGGGAUGAACAGGUAGAAUGGACAGAGCUGCAUUUGGGGGGGCGAAACAUUUGGUUUUCAGUUUCCUCUGCGCAUCGCUGAUGCUCAGUGUGUCACAGCAGCUUUUGGUUUUGGAGCAUGCACAGAUAGGACCGCGGGUGACGACAACGGGGACAGGGAUCCUCAAGUCUUUUUCUAAACAGCUGUUUACAUGGUAGGUUUACUCAACCCCUUCACUGCUCCAUGUGUACUGUAUCUACUGUAGAAAACAUAUAUGAAAAUUAAUGAACCUCCAUCAAAUGGGGUCAAAUAAUGUCGGCUUGUUUCAGGCUGUGGAGAAACACAUGAGUUGGAUGAGUGAACAUAUCUGCAGUGGCACUGGAGGAUUCCCUCCAGUGUUACACCCGCCCUUUAUAACACAAAGUACAAUCCACCCUCUGGGUUCAACUCAUUUGUUUUGACCAGAAAAAUGUUGGAAAAUGUCCUUUUUAGUCCCCGUAGAUGUUUGCUCAUGUGUAUGUUUAUGAAAAGAGACGGCAGUGGACGAACCUGUGGAAGAAUGAACUAUGCCAAAGACAGGCAUUUAUAAUGUGGUAGUUGCACUCAAGGACGUGUGCACAUUUGUGUGCCUGUGCGCACGCCUCUAUUUUUUUAAACGCAUCGUAAUUCAAGCCCGAUAGGCUGAUCCCCCUGAGGCCGCCGCCGCUGCUGAGCAGUGGAGGGGUGACCGGCCGCCUGAUCAUCUGCGUGAGCCACUGUCGGCUCACGCACUCGCAGGCAGAACGCCGACGCCUGCGUCUGAGGCGGAGAUAUGAGUUUGAGGGCUGUGAAUGAAAUGAGGUGAGGCAGAGUUGAGAGGCUGUGUUUAUCUACUUGGUUCCUCUCUUUACUGACGUCCUGGGACGUGUUUAACCUGACGUAUUGACAAAGUGGGCGCAGUUAAGUCUCGGAAACCUCCCGGAUGUGCAAACAGGACUCGAAACGAGCCCUGUGUUGACGUUCCACGUGUAACAUCGCAGUUCUGUUUGUCUCAUCACAUGCCGUCUGAGAGAAGAAGAGUAAUAAGACACGUGACGGCUCCAGGGUUUAAUGCCCAUGUGGAUGGGACAGGUUAGUUGAGGCGUCUGUGAAGGUUAAUUUGAAAUAAUUGUGGUUCAAGAAUUUUUGUUUGAAGAAACACCCAAAUCAUGUCGAGUGCUUUUCGUGGGUUUUCUUCAGUGUAUCCUGAGUUUACGUGAAUGUUUGAGUGUAAUGUCUGUACAGACCGCACCGUCUAAAUGCACAGUGUCGCCCUGUAUUACCUGUGUUCAGUGAGUCUGCCUUCUGAACUCGUUUCUUAAUGGUCACGUAAAGUGUUUAACAGUUGAAGAGUUCAACCUGAGCAAGUGUGUUCAGUGCAGUUGGGUGACUUGCUUGUCCCGUCAUUGUGUGGAGACGUGGAACCAGUGUGAAUCUGUGCCUCCAGUGCACCGGACAGGCAUCAUUCACUGUUUACCAAGGACACAAGCAAGAAACGAAGGCCAUCGAAGGCGACAAGGGUAUUUCACCAUUUGUGUCAUGACUGUGGUGAGCGCUGUGACCUCAUUGAUGAGUGAUGUGCUGCCUCCUGUGAAGACUGAGAACCAAUAAACACUCUGCCCUUUUUUACUCACA